GUGUUGUUUGUUGCUGUCUCCUCAAGUGAGUUAGGCAAGCUGCUCGGUGAAGCUAAGUCCUCGAAGAUUUUCGCUAUCCAUUGGUGAACGUUCCCACGACCUCGAAAUGGCCGCCGCAGCUAUCGGAGUUUACGAGGAGAUGAUGUUCCAAUUCGAUGAUCUGGGACCUAAUGAAAACACUGUGGACGACGGACCCCAGUCUCCGGAGGAGCAGAGUAAUUAUAUCCUGCGCCACAGCAAGUCGGACCCCAUGCUCACUUCGCCUUCGAGCCGAGACAUGAUGCGCUCUCAGCAGAUGGCGAUCGCGCGCCGUCUGAUGUCGCUGCAAAGCUGUGGCCAUCAGAGAUUCCUGCCCAAUCAAGGGAGUCACUCUGUCGAUGAGGAAUUCGCCCAGCACGACAACGAUGACAGCGACGACGACGAGAUCGCCGAGGACGACAUCAGCAUCGCUCCCACCAUCGAACAGAUAAAGGACGACUACAACUCCUGUUUCUCGUGUGGAGUGUCCUGGUCCGAAAAUCACGUGUCCUUGGACUGCAAGGAAUGCGGAGGUUACGCUCUGACUCGACCCUGCCUCGCUUGUGAUGGUCAAUGUUCCCAAAAGUGGACACGGAAUCUCGCCGCCUCUCACGAUCAUCGUCAGGCCCAAUGGGAAGGUCUGUGCAACCUCAGGAGGUCGACCCACGACAAAAGACCUAAGACCCUCAUGACGAAAGAAAAGAAUGUACUAUAAUGAAUCGCUCGUGUAUAGCUAGUCAUAAGUUUAGCUGUCCUGUUCAUCGGAAGGUUUUCGGUCGGAACCACUUCGCAUAAGUGAGUCAUCGGCGGCAGUCACACCCGUAGUUGCAUUCCUUCGUUGACGAAUCGCGGGAUUUGUGGAUUCGGAGCCUCACCCGGGGCCUCGAUCGAGAUCUCCCCAAACCACGUCUUCAUUUCCUGCCGUUGACGAGUCCGCCAACCCAUCGAUUGACUGAUAUGCGUCCAAUGAGAGUCAACAACAGGAAACGAAGACAACAUAGGGCCGGACAAUCUGACAUCCUCCUAGGUAGAAAUUCAUGGGUCGGAACGAGUAGGACAAAUGUUGUUGGCGACGGAAUCUCGAGCUAUUGGUUGCAAGAAGAAGCUCGUGAUUUGGCCGCGUGACUUCUCGCAAGAGGAGAUGACUCCGCCAAGUUCAUUUUCUCUUCGGACACCGUCAACAGUCUAUCGCCUCGAACUGAACUCAAUCAAUCUGAGAAUAUUCUUUCACUCCCUUCAGAUUCGGCGUUAUUUUCUUUUCCCUCUUGUCGGGGGUUUUCCAGGGGCUGAACUAAAAUAAUUAUUUGAGUCUUAAUCGUCUUCAGGAUCAUUCCUAUUCUAAACUUGAAUCGGGUCCCUUCGAAGCGAAUGCGGCGGUCUCUUCGGCGGGGAGUCUUAGUAGGUACGAGGCCAAAUAAUAGAUUGAAGAGCGAGUGCCUUACGGAGUUUGUGAUGAUGGAUUCAGAGGGGCCGAUGGAGUCUGACAAAUUUUGUAUAUUUGCAAUCAGGAUCUUGCAUAUCAUUUAGGGUGUUACAGAUUUCUUCUUUGAGGAGUUCUCGUCGGCUCGUUAGUGGAACUCGCUAAAACUUGUGUUGUUUUUAAGAACUCAUUGUUGAAGCUAGAGUAUCAAAUCGAACCAAACAAGCAUUUACAAGCAAGCAGAACAUACUACACUGAACUCUCUAGAUCCACACCUGCAAAAAAAUGUUGAACGAGAUCACGGACCGCGCUCGUCGUCGUUCUCUCGAACGAUUGUGGGCGCUCCUGGGCAUCGUUCGAUGCUAAAGGCUUGGAAACAGAGAACCUUACCGAUUGAGAAAUCUGUGAACAGCAUCUGAGAAGCGUCGACGACGAAAAAGAUCUUGAAUCGAUGAAGAUUCCAUCAAUUGGAAAUUAAGUUGUCCCAAUGGAAGUGGUUUUCGAGAUGAAUAAAAAAAAUCCAAUGAA